AUGGCUUUCCAUUGUAUGUUUCUACUUACAAUUUUUUUAUUGCUUCCACUUUCAACAAUUGCUCAAUCUUACAAAAAUGUUAGUUUGGGUUCAACACUCACUACAAGUGAUGUUACUAAAUUUUGGCCAUCCCCAUCUGGAGAUUUUGCAUUUGGCUUUCAAAGAAGUGGAAAUGGAUCAUCAGGAUUUUUACUAGCCAUUUGGUUCAACAAACUCAAAGAAAAGACUAUAGUUUGGUCAGCCAAUAGAAAUAACAUCGCGCCGGAAGGGUCCAAAGUUGAGCUUUCUGUAGAUGGAAGACUAGUACUCACUGAUCCAAAUGGUCAAGAAACAUGGGCUCGUGAUACGGCUAAUGCUGGACCGGCCUAUGGAGCCAUGCUUGACACCGGCAACUUUGUUUUAGCAACCAGUAGUUCAGGCAUUCUAUGGCAGAGUUUCGAUGAGCCAACCGAUACGAUUUUGCCUGGACAAGUACUUAAUCAAAGAUCCAGGCUUGUCUCGAGCUUCUCUAGCACGAAUGCAUCGAGUGGAAGAUUUGAGUUGUUCCUGGAUGGAGAGCUGGCGCUUCACACGAUCAAAUACCCGAUUGAUGUCACAAAUUCUGCAUAUUGGUCGACCGUGACUGGUGGCAGUGGUAACCAGGUGAGAUUCAAUCAAUUAGGCAUUUAUCUUCACGCAGCGAAUGGAACUCUGCUGACAUUGAUAUCGUCUUCCAAUGAGACAAACUCAACAGCAAGCCAGUUUUAUCAGCGAGCGAUUCUUGAAUAUGACGGAGUUUUUAGGCACUAUGUCUAUCCAAAAAGAUCUUCUAGUGGGAGGCCGAUGGCGUGGUCUACUUUGCAUAGCAUUCCGGAUAACAUCUGCUUGCUUCUCCCGCAAAAUCUACAGAGAGAAUGGGUUGCGUGUGGUUUGAACAGCCUAUGCUCGAUGGGAACUGACCGAAGGCCAAGAUGUGAUUGUCCAAUCAA